GCGAAGUAAAAAGUGACCAAACAAAAAAGAGGGGAAUGAGAAUAACUAAUAUUCUCAGGAGAUUCCCGAUCAACAUGGGAUCCCGCCAUCACGCGGUUAUUUCGUCGAACAGUUGGGCGCUUCUCGUGGUUUCGCGGCAAUGGAAACGGCGGAACGGCGCACUGAAAUCGUCGCCGGCGACGAACUUCCCGCAUUUAAACUUCUUCUCUCGUGUCCGGCAGGUCUAUCUCCUUCCGAGGUAUCGGCGGUGUUUGAUCAGAAAUACGAUAGGAUUCCCCAUCCUGACACCAGCUUGGAAAACACAAUUGCAGAGAUCUGGGAGGGGAGAGUUCAACAAAACUCAUCCUUGUUCAAUGGACUCAAGUUCAGGAAAUAAUAUACGGUUGAUAAUUUCACAGUAUGGUGGCCACAUUCUGGAUGGCGAACCUCAUUCUUCUCAGAAGACAAAUGUUCGCCUUCAUCUUGGCCUGACAGAUUAUAGGACAUUUGUGGGGACAAAUUUAAAUCCUUUGUGGGAAAGAUUUCUCGUUUCAUCUGAAGACGACUGGAGAAGGUGUCAACAUACCUCUAAUCCUCUUGGCAAUGGUGCAAUCGUGGAGACAUCUAACAAAGAAGUGGUUGUGCUGCAAAGAAGUGCCAAUGUAGGCGAAUUUCCCGAGCACUUUGUUUUCCCUGGAGGCCACCCAGAGCCCAAAGAAGUUGGCAUAAUAAGACAUCAAACAACUGGAGAAUUAACUCAUCAGAAGGCGGACAAAAGGGUUUCACAGGAGAUGUUUGACAGCAUUAUUCGUGAAGUAGUUGAAGAAAUUGGAGUUCCUGCUUCUACCCUUGGUGAGCCCAUCUUUAUUGGUAUAUCCCAGAGAGCGUUGAAUGUUAGGCCCGCUGCCUUUUUCUUCAUUAAAUGCAGUCUUCAGUCAGAGGAAAUUCAGCAACGCUAUUCCAGCGCUGAAGACAGCUACGAAUCAACCCAGCUGUAUACCAUGCCAAUGAGUGAUUUGGCCCACAUAAUGCCUAAAAUGCCGGGAUGCCACCAAGGAGGAUUUGCGCUCUAUAAGUUGAUGGUAGAUGCUGCUAAAGAGAAGAAACAGUGCCUGCAGACACAGUGAAAAUGAAGGUAAUAACUUGUAUCUUGGCGUACUAAUGAUGUUCUGUAAUGAACAAAUUAGCGGAAAUCUGUAUUGACUGUUCAGAAGCUAUCACAUAGCUGUUAUGAAUAGGAUGGCGUCAUGGUGAAAUAAAUUAUAUACAAGAUCGACGUUAACAUGCACUAUCUUGCAUUGCAAAAUUUUGUAAUGAGAUUGAAAUUUGUCAAAUAGUGUAUGUUUAUAUUAUGUGGUGCUAUUUAAA